AUGUUAGCGACGAGCACGGCGAACAUAUCGUCACUAAGUGCAUUACCAGUGGAGUAUGCUCUCCCAUUAUCCACGCAAACAAACGACGAUAUUCGCACUGCAGAAGAUGAACAGUCAAACUUCGCGGUGACGAUUCCCCAUCCAGUAAAUAAACAUCAUUUAUUAUUGGCUAGGCUAUCAAACAACUACAAUACGCUCAUUUUGUCAACUAUACCACCUACAGCGCCUGCACUAUCGAUCAAUCUACACUCAGCUGCCAUACCUUCAGCAGGGCUCUUCUACGAUGACGAAGCAUCAUCAGUGCAUAUAUUAUUAGUCACUCAAUCUGGCGCACUUCUCCGUUUAGCUGUACCCCUUUUCGUUCUCAAUUCACCAUCAAAAGAGAAUUUACCGGAUGGAUGGGCUACUGAGUACGUUUUGAACUGUACAGACGCCGAAAACAGCCAAAUUUCAACUGUAGAACCUGUUGAUAUUUGUACCAUAUUGCUGGGUAUGGUAGAUGGUUCAUUAGUCCUUUGUGAGCAACCUAGAGGCAACAGAACGCUGCUUGGAAAAGGAUUGGUUAGUUACUAUGAGACUCAAUGGACGGAAAGUCAAAUGCGUCAUUCUUCAAUCUUCUCUUCGAUGAAGUCUCUCCUCCCGAAUCCUUUCAGUUCACACGCAAACUCAGCAAUUGGUCCGCCAACUCAGCUUAUAUCGCUUACGGCUCACAUCACUGAGAAAUCUGCAUUUGCAUUUACAUUAUCCAGAGACAGAAAGUUACGUGUCUGGUCAUUAAUCCACAGAUCCUGUAUAAGGACGAUAGCAUUAGGCGACCAGUAUGAUUUUAUUUCAGGUGAUCCUCGCAAGCUGUUGAAGACAUACUCUACAGAUGCAGAUGAUGAAGAUGGUAUUGGAUAUAUAGCAGUUCACCUUCCAGAUUACGCUACACCAGGGUUCUACAUUUAUUCUUUCGAGAUCAACAGAAAUGCAGGACUUGGUGAACUCAAUAUGAUCGCUGAGAGGAGCAGUGAGGCUGGUUUGGAAUUACACGAUAUGCACAUAAUCAACGAAGGACAACCUAAACUCUGGGCACUUUAUGAGAGAUCAGGUAUUCCAUUCAUUAAGCACACAAUUCUCAACGAAUUAACUACCGACAUCCCAACUGAGGUCAUUCCAGCACCAUGGCAGUCAGUUAGUCAGUCACCAACAAUUCCACUCGAUCCAGCUGCAUUCUCAGAUUAUGUUUUGAGUGCAGCAGCAGGAACUCCAAUUCCUGAUAUCUUCUUGGACAUUAUCUUCACCCCAGGUGCUUUCAGUCCUUUGACAAUCUCACAUGCCAUAUCAGAGUACACCUCGUUAAUGAUAAAUGAAAUCGCGCCAGAGAACAGACCAGAAAAACUACUUGAUCCACCAGUAUAUGAUGAUUUAGCUCAACAUGCUGCAGAUGUUGUUGGUUGUCACGUCGAACUCGAAUAUGAUGUUUCUUCAGGUGCACCAAGGACUGAGGAGUAUCAGCAAAAAAUUAAAUUUGAAUGGCUUAGAUUCGCUUCAUUGGUUGGUGAAGCUCACGGUCGCGCACAACUUCCUUUGCAUUUGGCGAUACAUGCUCAACAACCACAACAAAUAAUAGUAGUUCAAUCGGAAGCUAUUUCAGCCCCAGUUGUCGAAGAUCAAUGUCAAAUCAUCCGUCGUGUCACGGAUCCAAACGUAUCAUCAGACGUCGUUAAAGAUUUCCUCGAAUUGGAUCUACAGAAACUAUGCUCAGAUGAGAUAAUUUCUCAAGAGAAUAGAGAAUCUGUUCUACGCGUAUUCAUGCUUGCUAGAUCUCUCACUCAGCUCGUAUCUUUAGACAGAUUGAGAUCUCUUGAAGAUGACAUUUUGCAUAUCGCUACCAACGUCUUGGAUGAUUCAGCUGAAUCACUUUUGGCAAAGCUCUGGACGAACGCCACCAAGGAGGCUUUCAUAGAUCCAAAUACAAGUGCGUUGUUACAGAAUGCAAAAGAUACAAUUUCAACCAGCAUCGACGCAUUCUUAGUAGCAUUGGAGAGCUCAUUGAAGAUACUUACUGAUGUUGGUUUCAGUUACCCACCGAAUGACUUGAACAGCACCAAGACGAUACUUACGGAUGACCUCUCAAAGACCUUAGUUGCAUCUGCACUCAUGAACCAACUCAAGGACCGUUACGUCUUAUCUAGAGAUCUCAUGCUUUUAGUUCUGUUUGCAAAAUCAUCGAACUUGCUUGGAAAAAAUGCGGAUUCUGUCGUGAAUCGCGCUCUGAAUGUCUUCCACAGGGGUGCAUUACUACGUUGGAUCGCCUUGAGGGGUGUCUCUGAAGAGCCUGAAUUCGACAUCGAGGAAGGCCUCGCUGAUGAUGGAUUAACCGACCAAUUUGGUGCAAUGCACGUCACAAAUGCAUCAUCAACAGAGCGUUAUCCGAAGCUCCCCGCAAGUUCGCUCAUACAUGCUAUCCUACGUACACCAUCAUAUGCGCAACUCUCCAGUGUAACAGUAUUUGAAGACGUUCAAAAUGCUGUAACUUACUUGCCGACGGCACCAGCAAUCACACAUGCCGCCAAUCACUUCCUCAAACACAUUAACCUUCUUAUCGACGAGAGGUUCGUAGAAUGUAGACCUGAUGACAGCAAAUUCGGCCAAACAUUGUUAGAUUUCGGAUGGUAUAAUCUAGUCACUGAUUAUGUUAAAUUCUGGUCAGGUUCUGCUGGUAUGUCCUACAUUAACGCCAAAGCGAAAGUAGAAGAUUGCGAAUACGAGGAAGCUAAAUCAGACUUUGAGAUUGGAGCAAGCGGAAUACUUGCUAACGACGAGACCCUUCUUGCAGUCCUACCGAAGGAGGUGAACAGUCUUGCGAAGUAUUAUGAACACGUCACUGUCAUCUUUGAAGCAAAUCAAGCAGAUGAUUAUAUUUCACACUUUGCUCAGUAUGCACUUGAUGAAGUCCUCCAAGGCGAUGAUGAGGGCGUUGACUCCCAUGCUCUCUGGAACAAACUCUUUAGAUCCCAAGCUAGUGUUGGAAAAUAUGAAGAAAGUUACACAACUCUCAUGGCAAUUCCUUACAUUGAUAUUCAACAUGAAUGCCUCAGAUAUCUCGUAUCAGCGAUGUGUGAGACUGGUGAUGUUGCAAGGCUCGUACAGUUCCCAUUCACUUCUCUUCAACCUGAGCUUGAAAGAACACUUUCAUUCAAAGCUCGCAACUCUGACGCAUUGGAUAGACCGAAUUACUACCAGAUUCUCUACUCGUACUAUAUAUUCAGAGGCAAUUUCAGAGAUGCUGGUGCAAUUAUGUAUCAACAUGGUCGUCGCCUUGCAGAGAUUCCAUGUCGUCCUGGUGAAUUUGGUGAACUUGCAACACUCCAAGCUCGAGCAUACCUCGGUGCAGUGAAUGCGUUGUCUCUCGUGAACCCUGAUAAUGCAUGGGUAGUUUUACCAGUGACAGUAGACAGCGCAGCUAACGUCCGUAAAAGACGUAGGCUCACGACGCAUAUACCCGAAUCAGAAUUUAAAAACGAGAGUAAAACAUUAGAGAUAGUCAGAUUAGAGGAUAUUCGUCAUGAUUACACACUCGUUCUUGCACGUUUGCAACUCGCACAGGAGUUCCCAGAACUUACACAUGCCAAUUUGUCAAUGGCACCUGAAGAUAUAGUAGCAUUGUUCACUCAGCGUGGUUUAUUCUCUGUUGCAAUCUCCACAGCUCGUACACUCGACGUAGACAUGACAGGCAUCUUCACCAACCUCGCUAAUAGAUGUUUACAACUUUCGAAGUUAGGUGAAUACGCAGACGAAUCUGAUGUCGGAGAGUGGAUAUUACUUGAUGAGGCAGCAUCCAGUUGGCAUGGAAGCGUUGCAGACCGCGCAUGGAACUACCUUAGGGGAUCUCUCGACAAGCAUGACAAAGUUGAGCGGACGCAGGGUAAAUACAGAAUAGCAAUAGUUGAGCAUUUAUUCAGCGUCGAUCGCUCAUUCGAUGGUGUACCUUCAUGGUUGUUAGCUAUGUUUGCUUCACAUCUCGCACCAGAGUUGAUAAGGAUUUAUUACAAAUUUGAUCUCUUAAGUGAUGCACUUAAUGCAUCUAUCAGAAUACUCGAGCAGGCUAACUCGAGGUUGAAAUUCUCUAGCAAGAAUGAUCAAUACCUUCCAUACACCAUUAUAGAUCAGGUAAUUGAAGCUGCGAACGAAAGGGGAGAUUUAAAUGAUAAGAUCACUUACAUUAAGCAACUCUAUGAGGAGCGAUCAAAGUCAUUAAAUGAUAAAACAAAUUUAACCAACGGUAUAUAA